CGUGCUGCUGAGCAAUGACAUGCUUUGGCGUAGAAAUGCUAUUCCACCGGGGCACAGCGUCUCAUCGGCUAGGCUAGCUUGUGGGAAUGGAAAAAAUAACUGGCCACUAGCCACACUGGAGUCUAGAUACCACUCGCGUGCUUUAACUCUCACUUUUGUAUGCCGCUUUCCAUACGUUACAUCUUUUUUCUCUCAAAGGAAAUAAGUGAGGUUGGCCGUCAGAAAUCAGGUCAACAGUGACGUCUCAGAGCCCUUGAAGUUCUAAGCUUUGAUGCAGUACAGUGUACCUCGUGCAAGAUGACGGAAGAGGUGAUUGUCAUCGCCAAGUUCGACUACAUGGCCCAGCAGGACCAGGAGCUGGACAUCAAGAAAAACGAGCGCCUUUGGCUCCUCGACGACUCCAAGUCCUGGUGGAGGGUCCGAAAUGCCACCAACAAAACGGGCUUUGUGCCGUCCAACUAUGUGGAGAGGAAAAACAGUGCCAGGAAAGCUUCUAUUGUCAAGAACCUCAAAGAUACACUAGGAAUUGGGAAGGUGAAGAGCAGAAAGGGAGGGAUGAGAGACACGGCGUCCAACGCCGACACAGACAUGUAUGCAGAUAACGGGGAGCGGCUGUACGACCUCAACCUGCCCGCCCUGGUGAAGUUCAACUACACGGCGGAGCGCGAGGACGAGCUCACUCUGGUGAAAGGCACGCGGGUGGUGGUGAUGGAGAAGUGCAGCGACGGCUGGUGGCGCGGCAGCUACAACGGACGGUCGGGCUGGUUUCCGUCCAACUACGUGACGGAGGACGUGGACGGGACGGCGGGGGGCGGGGGAAUGGGCGGCCUCGGCGAGCAGGGCGGGUCGCUCACGGAGAAGCUGGCGGCCGUGAUGAACAGUACCACAAACGGGAACCGGGUGCUGCACACGGUGCAGGCGCUCUACCCCUUCAGCUCGGGCAACGACGAGGAGCUGAACUUUGAGCGCGGCGAGGUGAUGGAGGUCGUGGAGAAGCCAGAGAACGACCCCGAGUGGUGGAAGUGCCGCAAAGCGGACGGACAGCUGGGCCUGGUGCCCAAGAACUACGUCACGGUGCUGGACUCCGCCUCCCACAAAUCCUCGGCGGCGCUCGCCGGGCCGCCCACGCCCGACUGUGACUACAUCUCGCCUUCAGGCAGCGGACGCUUCGCAGGGAAGGAGUGGUACUACGGGAAGGUGACGCGCCACCAAGCGGAGGUGGCCCUCAACCAGAGAGGCACAGAAGGAGACUUCCUCAUCCGAGACAGCGAGUCAUCACCAAACGACUUCUCCAUCUCCCUGAAGGCGCAGAGCAAGAAUAAGCAUUUCAAAGUGCAGCUGAAGGAAAGCCUUUACUGCAUCGGACAGCGCAAGUUCAACUCUAUGGAAGAGCUUGUGGAACACUACAAAAAAGCCCCCAUCUUCACCAGUGAGCAGGGCGACAAACUGUACCUGGUCAAGGCCUUGGCAGCUUCCUGAUCCCUCUCUGUCUCACGCACACACACACACACACACACACACACACACACACACACACACACACACACACACACACCUCUACACAACUGCAUCCAUACAGUAUAUAAACAUACCGGAACACACACUAACAUAUUAAACUCCAAGCCUGAGGACUUAACACAUCAUCAGGACUUUUUAAUGCCCGAUUUGUGAGCAUUCCAAGAGGAGGAAGCAAAGGCACGGGAGAGACUCAGAGGAACAGAGAGAGAGAGGGGGGGGAGAGAGGGAGACAAAGAGGAAAAAGACUAUGGACUCCUGAGAGUUGACUACAGACCUCUUGGUCGCCCUAUUUUAAAUUAUCCAGAUGUGUUAGG